CUCGUUAGCGAUCAUAGUUCAGAGCCAUCUGAAGGGAUUAGCGCUAUGUGUAUUUGAUCGUUGGGGAUAUGGCGCAUUUGAACAGAAGGAAUAUUUUGUCUGCUGCAUUAUGACUGGAUUUCUAGCCAGCUAACUAGCUUUCGCUAAUUGCAUUGCAGAGUCUAUUUCUAUUAAACGUUACGUCGUGUUGCUUAUUGAAACACACAUCCCGCAAGGAAUUGUGAAUUUAGAUUGCAUGCCAGUCUUAACAAGCUACGACAGCUAAGCAAGCCACUCCUGAUUGUCUGAUGUUUUGCUGUCUUAUCGAUUUGGCAACACUCGCUUGGCCACGUCUUAUCAAAUUGUGUAUUUUAGUUUUCUCGUGGUAAACGCCAGCCUCUACCUAGCUAACGUUACCCAACGACUUGGUUGCUAAAUGUCGGAGAAGAGUUCGAACUCGUCGGGCUCCGAUGAAGAUGUGGAUCCCGAAUCUGGGCAUCCUGUUGAACUCGGUGGCGUCCUAAGCAAGUGGACAAACUACAUUCACGGAUGGCAGGACCGGUGGGUAGUGUUGAAGAACAACACUCUGAGCUACUAUAAGUCAGAGGAUGAGCGGGAGUACGGCUGCAGGGGCUCUCUGUGUCUCAGCAAGGCGAUCAUCACACCCCAUGAGUUUGAUGAGUGUCGUAUUGACAUCAGUGUGAACGACAGUGUGUGGUACCUACGGGCAGAGGACCCAGAGCACCGGCUCCGAUGGAUUGACUCCAUCGAACUACACAAGGUGGAGUCGGGGUAUGGUUCAGAGUCCAGUCUGAGGCGUCAUGGUUCCAUGCUGUCUCUCACGUCCGCUGCCAGUGGCUUCUCCGCCACCUCCACCUCCUCCUUCAAGAAGGGCCACAGCCUGCGGGAGAAGCUGGCGGAGAUGGAGACGUUCAGAGACAUCCUGUGCAGACAGGUGGACACACUGCAGAGGUACUUUGACGGCUGUGCAGACGGCGUCUCCAAGGACGAGUUCCAGAGAGACAAAGUAGUGGAGGAGGAUGAAGAUGACUUUCCCACAAGCACGCGUCCCAAUGGUGACUGCCUUCACAACAACAACGGCAGCAAAGAGAAGUUGUUUCUCCCUGCCAGUCCUAAGGGCAUGAAUGGGAUCGAUUUUAAGGGCGAGGCCAUCACUUUUAAGGCCACUACAGCUGGGAUCCUGUCUACCCUGUCCCACUGCAUCGAGCUCAUGGUGAAGAGGGAGGACAGCUGGCAGAAGAGGCUGGACAAGGAGCUGGAGAAGAGGAGGAGGGUGGAGGAUGCUUACAAGUUGGCCUUGAGUGAACUGAAGAAGAAAUCUCACUAUGGAGGCCCCGACUACGAGGAGGGUCCUAACAGCCUCAUCAAUGAGGAGGAGUUUUUUGAUGCGGUGGAAGCUGCCCUGGACAGACAAGACAAGAUAGAGGAACAGUCUGAGAAGGUGAGGAUACCCAGACUGACCCCCGUCCCCCCAGGAGACGCAUACUCCGUCAUCGGAACACACCGCUUUGCCAAACAGCCCCAUAGCUACUCUUCCUCCCUGUCCUCUGUUGAAUUAGUCAGUGCCUCAGAUGAUGUUCACAGAUUCAGCGCACAGGUGGAGGACGUGGUUCAGAAUCACAUGACCUACUCCCUGCAGGACAUGGGUGGCGACGCCAACUGGCAGCUGGUGGUGGAGGAGGGCGAGAUGAAGGUGUACAGGAGAGAGGUGGAGGAGAACGGCAUCGUUCUGGACCCUCUGAAAGCCACCCAUGCAGUGAAGGGUGUGACCGGACACGAGUUGUGCCACUACUUCUGGGACACGGAUGUACGCAAUGACUGGGAGACCACCAUUGAAAACUUUAACGUGGUGGAGACGCUCUCAGACAAUGCUGUUAUAGUCUACCAGACACACAAGAGAGUAUGGCCUGCCUCUCAGAGGGAUGUCCUCUACCUAUCAGCUAUCAGGAAAAUCCUGGCGACCAAUGAGAAUGAUCCAGACACGUGGCUGGUCUGCAACUUCUCUGUAGAUCACGACAACGCCCAGCCCACCAACCGGUGUAUCCGUGCCAAAAUCAACGUGGCCAUGAUCUGCCAGACCCUGGUGAGCCCUCCAGAGGGCAACAAAGAGAUCAGCAGGGACAACGUCCUCUGUAAGAUCACGUAUGUGGCCAACGUGAACCCUGGAGGCUGGGCCCCUGCCUCAGUCCUCAGAGCCGUGGCCAAGAGGGAAUACCCCAAGUUCCUCAAACGCUUCACCGGCUACGUCCAGGAGAAGACCAGUGGAAAACCUAUCCUCUUCUAAAUCUCACCGGUGUUGGAAGGCAAAACACCGUUUUGUCCUGAAGAGAUAUGGCUACAUUUCCCAUCAUUCAAUGGGCUCCCACAGACUACAUUACCCAUUCAUCUGUCAACUGGAAUUUCUUUACAAAUCAUCCAGAAUGUUUCAGAUGAAAUAAUCGUAUGACUGAUUUAGGGCUUUAAUCCAUCAGUAGUUGCGAGCCACCUGAGCCACAAAAACAUUGUUAAACUGUCCAUGGAUGUGUUUGUAUAUAAAUUCAAGAAUUUCUGAAUCGACAGAACCAAUCUUUUUGUAAAUUGUUUUGUAAAUAAUUUCCAAUUAUAUUAUUUUGGACUAUA